CUACCUAUCUACCUAAUUAUAUUAUCAGCGAAAGAAAGAUUAGAUAUCAUUCGCAGUUGAAGUGAUAAGAAUUUGUACAAAUAUUAUAAGCAGUCAAAAAUGGAUGGAAUUUAUCGAUCAGUUUCGUAUAAAAUUUCAACAAACGUUGUUCCUUAGUUUCCUUCCUGUGAUAAGUUUUUUUUUUAUAUUUUUAAACAUUUAUGUAAUAAUAAUUGUUUAAAAUAUAGAUACCAAAGAAAAAAUUAGGGUGACCGAAUAUGAAUUUAAAAGUGUUCCUAGCAUUUCUAGUCGGGGUGAUUCUGGUGGCUUCAAUAAAUGGAGCAGACACCAAUUCUUCAGAUGCCGCUCCAAUAACAACAACCACAGUUGCAACAACAACAGUCAAGCCCGUAGUCAUCACAAAAGACAGUGCCCUCUGUAAAAGAUGCUCCUGUAUAAUUGAUAUUCUCGAGUUGAAUUGUAAUAACAAAUCAAUGAGCCAAUGGUUUAACGAUGACGAAUGGAACACCCUAAUCAAUGGCGAUGUUAGUUUUGUAACUAUUCGCAUGGAACACAAUAAUUUAACAAAUAUUCCAGCAUUAAAACCAAUUCCAGUUAAGAAUCUUUAUCUUAACCAUAAUUCCAUCGGGACUAUUGUAAAUGCUGCAUUUAGAAAUUUACUAAAUUUAACUGUAUUGGAUUUGAGUUAUAAUAAAAUCACAACAAAAACCCUACGUCCUGAGAUAUUUCAAGGAAAUUACAAAAAAGAUGCCUACGAACCAUUGCCAAAUGUAAUUCAAUUAGAUUUGGGUCAUAAUGAUUUGCAUACACUUGAUUCGGGGGUUUUUGAGCAUUUACCAAAGUUGGAAAUAUUAAAUUUGGCUUCGAAUCAAUUUCAUGUGAUUGAUCGUUUAUCUGAGGUAGCCAUUGGUGGAUUGGUUCAUUUGAAGACUCUGGACUUAUCAUAUAUGGAAUUGAAGGAAUUGCCUGAUAAUUUAUUGCAUGCUCCAAGAGAUCUUGAGCGAUUGAUCUUAACAGGAAAUCUUCUAGAUGAGCUGCCUGAUGGACUUCAUCUAUCAAUCAAUUUGAAGAGCUUGACUUUUGAUGAUAACCUUUUGACAAGCUUAGAAGGAGAAAAUGUUUUUCCAUUGCUGCCCAAACUAGAAUACCUUAGUAUUUCAUAUUCAAAUGAUUUGGUGAAAAUUGGAGAAGGAGCUUUUAGCAAUUUGCCAAACAUCAAAACACUUGAACUUUCUGACAAUCCAAAACUCUCCUACAUCGAUCCAAAGGCUUUCGCCAAAGCAACAGUCAAUCCACUUAUCUAUGAUCGUCCCAUACUCAAAGAGCUCAAUCUUCACAAUGAUAACCUCACUACUUUGGAUCAUGAUCUUCUAGAUCGUUGGGAUAAAAUUGAACAAAUCGACUUAAGACGUAAUCCUUGGGAUUGUGAAUGCAACAACAGUUGGUUAAUCAACACUCUUAUGACACAAAUCAAUGACACUUCGCCGUUAUUGGUUAGCGAGAUAGUUUGUGCAACUCCAUUGGCAUGGAAAUCAAAAAAAUUGAUUGAGCUGAAUCAGGAACAUAAGAUCCUUCGGUGUCAUGAUGACAGCAAUACAAGUGGCGAUGGACGUCUGCUAAUUGGUUUGCUUAUAGGAAUCUUGGUUGGAAUUCCGAUUUCUUUUGGAGUUCUUCUGGCAUAUCGACGGGGUUAUUUCGGCUUGUUGUUCAAUCGAGGUAACAGCGGUCAAUCGCUUUAUAAUCGAGCAAGUUUCCAAGAUGAUUUCCACAUCUAAAAUGAGAUGAAUAAGAGCGAAAAUAAGAAGAUCGUGGGUCGCUCAUCGCUAGCCAAAGAAUUGUUUGUAUUUAAAUUUUUAUUAAAAAAUGUUUAUUUUUUAAUUAUUAAAGGGUAAAUAAUGUAUGAGUUACAAAUAUUUUUAAAAUAAAACUUAGGAAAACAUUUUAUUAUUAA